AUGACCUACAUCUGGAGGAGGGACAGGACCCGGGUAGAAUCUGGUGAUGUGUCUCCUACAGGUGGAUAUGACCUGACAAUAACCCACAUCAGCAGAGAGAACCAGGGAGACAUCUACAGCUGCCAGACUGUGGAGGAGGGCCUGAAGUCUGACUGGAGUCACGGAUAUGUGCUGGAUGUUCUCUAUGGACCUGACCAGAUACAGUUUGACGGCACAAGUGACAAGCUGGAGGUAGAAGAAGGGAAACCUGUAACAGUGAGAUGUUCUGCUGACUGUAACUCUGCCUGUACUGUAACCUGGUGGGACAUCUCCAGACAGACGGUGAUUACAGGACAGGGGGAGGCUGUGUUGUCUAUACCAGCUGUAGAUGUAUCUGUGUCUGGACUGUACACGUGUCACGUCAACAACAACCAUGGGAGUGCAUCACGGAACCUGACGCUGGAGGUCUUCUUACGUGAAGAUACUGAAUCUGGUGCCAUUUCCAUCGUCCCCGAGGCUGCUGUCUGUUCCGUCCUCAUCGUGGUCAUCGCCGUUGUCGUCAUCGUUGUUGUUUGUAGAAAACAGAGACGUGGAGAUAGAGGAUACCCUCAUAACCGCGUUGUCACAUACAUCCUUGACGCAGAAACAGACGGGGGCUACCAGGAGAUAGAAGAGAGAGGAUACGUUCAUCAGCGCUUGGUUUCGUAUCACAGGGAAGACGAAAACGACGGGAGCUACCAGGAAAUAGAAGAAGGUGAUGCAAACAUAGACGACAUCGUCCCCAUCGUAGCUGUCUACUCCAUUAUGCUCACUGCCGUGGCAGUUGUGGUGGCAGCAAUUACUGUUCUUGUCUGCAAGGACGUAAAAGAAAACCAGGGCAGAAGAUGUAGUGAAUAUCUUACUGUGAUGGCAGAGAGAUUGUCCCGUGACUUGAGUGAUGUACCUUGUGCUUCCAACAACGGCGGGGAUGUCUUACCCCUACAUGAUUACGAGCGACUCCUGAGGGAACAGUUUCACAUCUACACGUCUCUCCACCCUUCAACUUCCUAA